AUGGCAGCCCUACCACGUAGAAUAAUCAAAGAAACACAAAGAUUGAUGCAGGAGCCGGUGCCGGGAAUCAGCGCCGUACCAAGUGAUACAAAUGCUCGUUAUUUUCAUGUAAUCGUGACGGGCCCAGAAGACUCGCCGUUCGAAGGAGGACUGUUCAAAUUAGAAUUAUUUCUGCCAGAGGACUAUCCCAUGUCAGCACCUAAGGUUAGGUUUAUAACUAAAAUAUACCAUCCGAAUAUAGACCGGCUUGGUCGUAUAUGCUUGGAUAUACUGAAGGAUAAAUGGAGCCCUGCACUGCAAAUUCGCACAGUGCUGCUCUCGAUUCAGGCGUUACUGUCAGCGCCGAACCCCGACGACCCGCUGGCUAACGACGUGGCUGAACUGUGGAAGGUGAACGAGAGCGAGGCGAUCCGAAAUGCUAAGGAGUGGACGCGGAGAUACGCCAUGGACAACUGA